AUGAAGCGCCAACAGAUCGACAGAGCAGAGGCCACAUCCGGCCAAAAGCAGCGGCGGCUGGAGGAGAAACCAGAAGAGAAGGGCGCCGCAGGAUGCUGCUCGUCUGAGGACGCUGCCGCCCUUCUGCAGCCGCACAUGGCGGAUCUCGAUGGCAUCCAGGCAGAGCUGCAGAAGCUUGAAGAGGAGUGCGCGAAGCAGCAAAUGCUUGUGCAGAAGGAGUUCGACGAGAAGAAGAAGCCAGUGCUGGUUAAGCGCCAAGAAAUCAUCGACAAAAUUCCCGGCUUCUGGUGCCGGUGCCUCCGCAACCAUCCGCAGUUGGCAUACCUUGUCGAAGAGGACAUCCCGGUCCUGGAACAUUUGAAGCGGAUCGACUUGGAUGACAACAUUGACGAGCAUGGCUCGUACAAGAUUAAGUUCACGUUCGACGAGGGCGCCAAGGCCUUUAUGGAGCCUCUGGUUCUGGAGAAGCAUGUGCAGUUCCGCAACGAUCCCUGCUGUGAAGAAGUCGUGAGCGUCACAGAGAUCACAUGGAAAGACGGCAAGUCUCCAGUGGCGGCCGCAGAGGCCAGACGUGCAGAGAACGGGGACGAAGACGUGGACGUCGUCUCUUUCUUCGAAUGGUUCACGAAGGAAUCGAGCGACGUUGCAUCUGGAGUUGAAGUGGGUGAAAUUAUCCGCCGCGAAAUCUGGCACGCGCCCGUGCCCUACUUCCUCGAUGAGGUCGCCGAUAUCGAUGAUGAAGAUGACGAUGAUGAACUGAGCGAUGACGACGAGGAUGACGAAGAUGGUAGCGACAACGCGAACGAGGAAGACGGAGGUGAAGACGACGAAGAGUAG